CAUAUUCAUGCAGCCCAACCAGUUGUGGGGAACUUGUGAAGCAUUCAUGUUUUUUGAAAUUAUGCAGCACAGUGCGGUUUUUUUCCCUUUUUUUUUUUGUUUUACAGUGUAGCUCUUGUAACGUUUACCUCCGGCCUCCUUUAGAUUACAUCUAUAUUGUUUUAGUCCGACGCUUGGUUGCUUCAUGUCCCYUUAGAUAAGAGGAUAUUACAGAUGAAGCAGGGAAGCUUCUGAGUGGGAGACCGCCCCUGAAUCCGCCGCCGCCGCCGCUCCUGCUGCCUGCAUCCAUCCCCAACUCGCUUUCACACUUGGUUUCAUUCACACGGAGUUUUCCCACCGGGAUGGAGCCGCUUCAGCCAGCGCGCACAGCCCACGGAGAGCUCGCAGGCUUCCGCACGGCACACAUGGCUGGGAAUCUGUUGCGGACACUUUUAUCAUCCGUCUGGAUAAUAACGCUGGUUUCUUGCGCCAGGACGAGGAUCUAUCUCCCUAAUGAAGUGACCCUGCUGGAUACCAGGACAGUGCCAGGAGAACUGAAAUGGGCAGCCAAUCCUGCAGAGGGAGGGUGGGAGGAAGUGAGCAUUAUGGAUGAGAAGAACAUCCCCAUCAGGACGUACCAGGUGUGUAAUGUUCUGGAGCCCAGUCAGAACAACUGGCUGAGAACAGACUGGAUCCCCCGGUCCGGUGCUCAGCGGGUUUACGUCGAAGUCAAGUUUACUUUGAGAGACUGCAACAGCCUUCCAGGAGUCACCGGCACCUGCAAGGAAACGUUCAAUCUGUACUACCACGAGUCAAACGAAGACAGAGAGAGCUACAUCAAGGAGAGCAGCUUCAUUAAGGUGGACACGGUGGCAGCAGACGAGAGUUUCACCCAGGUGGACGUCGGGGACCGCAUCAUGAAGUUGAACACAGAAAUUCGAGAUGURAAGGUCACRACGAGGAAGGGCUUCUACCUGGCCUUUCAGGACGUGGGCGCCUGCAUCGCUUUGGUUUCCGUCCGGGUUUUCUACAAAACCUGCCCGCUCACUGUCCGGAACUUGGCGACCUUUCCCGACACGGUCACCGGCGCUGACACGUCUUCCCUGGUCGAGGUCAGGGGGUCGUGCGUCAACCAGUCAGAGGAGCGAGAGGAGCCGAAAAUGUACUGCGGAGCAGAUGGAGAGUGGUUGGUUCCUAUCGGCGGAUGUCUCUGCAAACCGGGCUACGAAGAGCAGGGCGGCGCAUGUAAAGCAUGUUCUGCUGGUUUCUACAAGUCCAAGYCUUCGGAUCCCGGCUGCUCCAAGUGCCCUCCUCACAGCCGCUCGCUUCGGGACGGCGCUCACGUUUGCGAUUGCCACACAGGAUUCUUCCGUGCAGAUUCUGACCCACCCUCCAUGGCCUGCACCCAGCCUCCCUCAGCACCACAGCAGCUCAUCUCUGUAGUGAACGAAACAUCGGUGGUCUUGGAGUGGGCACCCCCUCGGCGGCUGGGAGGCAGAAGCGACAUCAGUUACAGUCUGGAGUGUCUCAUAUGUCAAACCGGAAGCCAUGGUCAGCCUCCACGAAAUCACACGGUCUCCCAGCCUGAGGUCCAGCGUAGCAGCCUGGGAAUGCAGUCCGACCAAGGGAUUGUAGGACCAGAGGUUCAGCUCGGCAGAGGGGUUUUCCAGAGCAGGCCCGGUGAAUACCCGUGGCCCGGAUCGGAGUCUGCCUCCGGCACCCAGCUUUGUCUCCCCUGCGGCUCAGACGUGCUCUUCUCUCCAGACCAGACUGGUCUUCAGACCACCAGGAUGGUGGUGAGCAGGCUCCGGGCCCACACACACUACACCUUCGUCGUCUACGCCCGCAAUGGGGUCUCCCUGGUGAGCAGCGCAGGGGCAUCACAGAGCGCAUCGGUCAGCCUCACCACCAACCAAGCAGCUCCCUCUCCAGUUUCAUCCAUCCAACUCACCGACGUAACAAGGCACAGCUUGUCGUUGGCAUGGCAACAGCCCGACCGACCAAAUGGGGUCAUCCUGGAGUACGAGGUCAAGUUCUACGAAAAGGAUCAGAGGGAGAGGUCGUACCGCAUAAUGAGGACCUUCCUCCGGAGUGUGGAUGUGGCGGGCCUCAACCCGCUCACUGUGUACGUGUUUCAUGUUCGCGCUCGCACAGCCGCGGGAUACGGCGAGUACAGCGCUCCGUUUGAAUUCUCCACCAAUUCAGAUCCCUUUCCAUUGAUCGGAGAAGGCGUGAACUCUGCCUUCCUGCUGCUGUCUGUCAGUGGGGUGGGAGUCUUACUGUUCAUAUCGGCGGCUGUCUUCAUCAUAAGUCGCAGGAGGAGCAAGUACAGCAAAACCAAGCAGGACGCGGAAGAGGAGAAACAUCUGAACCCAGGAGUCAAAAUCUAUGUGGACCCGUUUACUUACGAGGACCCGGAUCAAGCCAUCCACGAGUUUGCCAAGGAAAUAGAUGUUAGCAGUAUUCAUAUCGAGAGGGUUAUUGGCAUAGGAGAGUUUGGGGAGGUGUGCAGCGGUCGGCUGCGUUCGCAGGGGAAGAGGGAGAUCUACGUGGCCAUCAAGAGCCUGAAGGCAGGAUACUCGGACAAACAGAGGAGGGACUUCCUGUCCGAGGCGUCCAUCAUGGGUCAGUUUGACCACCCGAACAUCAUCAGGCUGGAGGGUGUCGUCACCAGGUGUAAGUGGUGCUGUUGUUCUGGUUUCGUAUUAAAGUGUGGAGCAYGGCUUAACUGGAAUAUUUCUAACUUUUCCCCCUCACUAGGCAAGCCUCUGAUGAUAAUCACGGAAUAUAUGGAAAACGGAUCUCUGGAUGCCUUUYUACGUAAACACGACGGCCAGUUCACAGUGAUCCAGCUGGUUGGGAUGCUGCGCGGCAUCGCCUCGGGUAUGAAGUACCUGUCAGACAUGAGCUACGUUCACAGAGACCUGGCGGCUCGAAACAUCCUGGUCAACAGCAACCUGGUGUGCAAGGUGUCCGACUUCGGCCUGAGCCGAGUUCUGGAGGACGACCCCGAGGCCGCCUACACUACGAGGGAGGCAACUGGGUCCUAUCUGUCCCCUGGAGGGAAGAUCCCCAUCAGAUGGACGGCUCCAGAGGCAAUCAGCUACAGGAAGUUCACCACGGCCAGUGACGUGUGGAGUUAUGGGAUAGUCAUGUGGGAGGUGGUUUCAUAUGGAGAGAGGCCGUACUGGGACAUGAACAACCAGGAUGUGAUUAAAGCGAUAGAAGAAGGAUACAGGCUGCCUGCCCCCAUGGACUGCCCUGUGGUUCUCCACCAACUCAUGCUGGACUGUUGGGAGAGAGAGCGAGGAGACAGGCCCUCCUUCAGCCAGAUCCUCAACAUGUUGGAUAAACUUAUACGCAACCCUGGCACCCUGCGGCGCACAGGAGGGGACAGACCUCCGGGGACCAUGCUGGAGUCCAGAGUGGGAUCAGAGGUGUGUGUGUCUGUCGUACCAGAGGUGUGUGUGCCACAGUGGUCGAUGUACGAUUGGCUGCAGUCCAUUGGGUUGGAGAGAUACAGAGACGUCCUCGCAGCUGCAGGAUACUCCAGCCUUGAAAGCCUCCUGGCUCUCACACACCAGGAGACGGACAGACUCGGAAUAAUCACACCGUCGCAUCAGGACAUACUAAUUGCGAGUGUGCAGCAGGAAAUGUUGUCCCAAAUGCAACACAUGCAACACUCUAUGGUCCCGGUCUGAGCAGUUACAAACCACUUGUUUUUUUUUUGAGAAGAAUUUGAUUUACCUCAUCUGUGCACUUUAGAGGAACUGUUCACCAAUGGAAGUACAAGAAGUGAAGGCAAAUAAGAGGAAAACUAUAAUGAGGAGCACUUUUGUGAACUUCCAUCCUGUGGAGCUUUCUACAAAACCCSGAUCUGGAUGUGGGCACAGACAGCACUGAGCUCYWGAGAGYUUAGACUGAUGCCUCAUCCUGUUUUUCUAGCUCUGAUUUCGCCUCUUUUCUUUUCUUUUUCUUUUUUUUUAUUUUCUUGUCUGUUUGGUGAAGGCUGACAUGUGCAUAAGCAGAAUGGCUUCCAGGUUGUUUUAUUUUUUUGCGCUUCACUUGAAUUAAAUGUAUUUCUUUUUGUAUGUUUGUUUGUUUUAUCUGAUGAAUGUGUGCUUGCGUGUGCGUGUGUGUGUGUGUGUGUGUGUGUGUGUGUACACUGUGUAGCAUGAAAUCAUUCAACAUGAACUCUCCUUGUUAAGAUGUGUCGGCUGUCUUCAUGUAAUCUUAAUAUGCAAAGUUUAAGAGAUAGCGGGAGGACUCAGACAGAAUGUAUCACUUUGAGCUCUUACUGAUUUCACACCAGUGGAUUGUUCUAAUCAAAGCCUGAUUUGAUUGUUUUUCUUAAUCUUUUUUUUUUUUUUUUUCAAAUUGAACAAACUAUUGCUUUUGUUGAUUUAGACAGUUAGCUUAGAAUAUCAUUCGUCUGUGUCUAUAUAUACAUACACACAUUCUUUGAUGCUGAGGAUUAGCUACUUGAAGCAUUUUGUUUAUUUAUGGUCCUUUUUUUAUCAAGUUUGUACAAUGUAAAAUAGAAACGCUGAGGAGAUGUAAUGAGUGCCAUAUUGCGUUGCAAUAAAUGCCAAACUCAUUGGUGUA